GCGACCUCCAGGACUGGCUUCAUUUCCAAGUUCAAAGGGUAUCAGGGUGAUAGUUUCUGGGGUUCCCCUUGUCUCUAUCAGUCCAGGAAGUCUGGGGUUUUUUAGGAAUUUGGAUUUCACACAAGUGUCUUUUUGGGUUAUAAUCAGAGUAAAAUUUUGCUUAGGCUUUUGUCUCUCCAGGGCAGAAUAAUAAUAAAUUCUUCUGAUUUUCUUCCCUAGGAAAAUGGAUUCAGCCUUCCAGAAGGAACUCACCUGCUUCAUCUGCUUGAAGUACCUUACAGACCCUGUCACCAUAGGCUGUGGACACAGCUUCUGCCAGGCCUGUGUCUGCCUUUCCUGGGAAGAAGCCAAAAUUCCUGCCCGUUGCCCCAUAUGCAGGAACACAUCAGAGCAAACAGAGUUCAGAACCAAUACUCUACUGAAGAAUCUGGUGUCCCUUGCCAGACAAGCCAGUCUCUGCCAGUUCCUGAGCUCUGAGGAACAGAUGUGUGGGACACACAAGGAGACAAAGAAGAUGUUCUGCGAAGAGAGCAAGAACCUGCUCUGUUUGCUCUGCUCUAACUCUCAAGAGCACGAAGCUCACAGUCACUGUUCCAUAGAAUGCGCUGUUGAGGAAUACCGGGAGAAGCUCAUAAAGGAAAUGAGAUCUUUAUGGAAAAAUAUUCAAAAAAAUCAGAGAAAUCUGAAUGAGGAGAGCAAAAUAACCAACCUGUGGAGAUAUUAUGUGUGUCUACUGUCAGAGAUUAUCAGCUCUGAGUAUCAGAAAUUGCAUCCGAUUCUCCUUGAGGAAGAAAAACAACAUUUAGAGGGACUGAAAAAUGAAGGCAAGAAGAUAUUACAGCAACUGAAGAAAAGUGAAGCCACAAUGGUUCAAAAGGGGAGGCACCUGAGAGAAAUGUAUGAGGAGCUGAUGAAGAUGUGCCAUAAAUCAGAUGUGGAGUUGCUCCAGGAUUUGGGAGACAUUUUGACAAGGAGCGAGUCCAUGCAGCUGAACAUGCCCCAGCCUGUGAACCCAGCGCUCAGUGCCAGGCCCAUCACUGGCCUGAUAGACAGGUUCCGCCAGUUCCGAGUGGAAAUUUCCUUCAGUUAUGAAAUAAGCAGUCAAAAUAUCAUGCUGUUUGAUGACGUGAGAAGUCUGAGGCUUAGACGUGACCUUCAAGAGGCACCUUUUCCUUCUGGAAGAUCUCACUACUUUGCUGCAUGGGGAGACCAGGCCUUCACCUCUGGAAAAUACUACUGGGAGACAGAAGUGGACAGCUCUUGGGACUGGGCUGUAGGAGUCUGUAAGGAUACUUGGUUAAGGAAGGACAGCUCAAGGGUCCCGUCUGAGGACACUUUUCUUUUUUUAUGUGUGAAGGAGGAUAAUCGUUACAAUCUCUUGACCACCUCCCCAGUGCUUUCUCAGUAUAUAGAGAAACCUCUGGGGCAGGUAGGUGUGUAUGUAGAUUUUGACAGUAGAAGUGUGAGUUUUGUUAAUGUUGCCAAAAGUUCCCUCAUAUGGGCAUACCCAGCUUGCUCCUUCAAUUAUCCCCUCAGGCCUUUCUUUUACACUGGCCACACAUGAUCAUGGUCAAGUCAUAUCUGAGGGACCCCUUCCCAACUGAAGCUGAUAAAUAAUAUUUUACUGUCUUUUACGUUGUUCUCCUUUAAUGGAACAUUUUGCUAAUGAUUAUGUUGGUAGACUGAAUUGAAAACUUUUGUUAGUUCAAUUUUCUUUACAUUAAAAUAAUCUCUCGCAGCACAUUAUAUGAAAUAUAUGCUGUGGUUAUUCAUGUGUUUUACGAGCUUUGUGGCAUUAGAAGCAUAUAUAGUACCCAAAAAACCCACUGUCGUUGAGUCGAUUCUGACUCAUAGUGACCCUAUAGUGCAGAGUAGAACUGCCCCAUAGAGUUUCCAAGGAGCGCCUGGCAGAUUCGAACUGCC